AUGGCUUCCCUCCUCCUUGAUGUCAAAUACCUUCUAGUUUCUCUCUUCUUGAUAUCACUCAUGGCUUUAAUCCUCCUUGAUGUCAAAUACCUUCUAGUUCCUCUCUUCUUUGAUAUCCUCCUUGGCUUCCUCCUCCUUGAUGUCAAAUACCUUCUGUUCACCUCUCUUCUUGAUAUCCUCAUGGCUUCCCUCCUCCUUGAUGUCAAAUACCUUCUAUUCCUCUCUUCUUCUGACUCCUCAUGGCUUCCCUCCUCCUUGAUGUCAAUACCUAGUUUCCUCUUCUUGAUAUCUUCUCAUGGCUUCUCUUCUUGCCCCCUUCUAUUCCUCUCUUUCCAAUGUCCUCAUGGCUUCCCCUCCUCCUUGAUGUCAAGCUUGCCUUCUAGUUCCACUCUUCUUGAUAUCCUCUUGGCUUCCCCUCAACCCGAUGUCCAAAUGCCUUCUGGUUCCUCUCUUGAUGUCCUCGGCUUCCCCCUCCUCCUUGAUGUCAAAUACCUUCAGUUUCUUCUUCUUAUCCCUCAUGGCUUCCCCCUCAUCAUGAUUUUCUCUCUUCUUGAUGUCCUCAUGGCUUCCCCCUUCCUCCUUGAUGUCAAAUACCUUCUAGUUCCUCUCUUCUUGAUAUCCUCAUGGCUUCCCCUCUCCUUGAUGUCCAAAUACCUUCUACUUCCCCUCCUCCUUGAUGUCAAAUACCUUCUAGUUCCUCUUCUUCUUGAUAUCUCCAUGGCUUUCCCCCUCCUCCUUGAUGUCCAUCCUUCUAGUUCCUCUCUUCUUGAUAUCCUCAUGGCUUCCCCUCCUAUUUUCCUCUUCUUGAUAUCACUAGUUUCCCUCCUCCUUGAUGUCAAAUACCUUCUAGUUCCUCUCUUCUUGCUCAAAGCUUCCCUCCUCCUUGAUGUAAAAUACCUUCUAGUUCCUCUCUUCUUGAUAUCUUCCUCAUGGCUUCCCCUCCUCCUUGAUGUCAAAUACCUUCUAUCUCUCUUCUAUCCUAUGUUCCUCUUCUUGAUUCCUCUGGCUUCUUCCUUGUCAAAAUAUCUAGUUUCGUCUCUUCUUGAUAUCACUUCCCAUGGCUUCCCCUCCUCCUUGAUGUCAAAUACCUUCUAUUUCCUCUUCUUGAUAUCACUCAUGGCUUCCCUCCUCCUUGAUGUCAAAUACCUUCUAGUUUCUCUCUUCUUGAUAUCACUCAUGCCUCCCCUCCUCCUUGAUGUCAAAUACCUUCUAGUUUCUCUCUUCUUGAUAUCCUCAUGGCUUCCCCUCCUCCUUGAUGUCAAAUACCUUCUAGUUCCUCUCUUCUUGAUAUCCUCAUGGCUUCCCCUCCUCCUUGAUGUCAAAUACCUUCUAGUUUCCUCUCUUCUUGAUAUCACCAUGGCUUCCCUCCUCCUUGAUGUCAAAUACCUUCUAGUUUUCACUCUUCUUGAUAUCACUCAUGGCUUCCCCCCUCCUCCUUGA